UGCCCGCCUUGUCAACUUAGCGAUCGUCUUGAUUAACGUACCCGACCUCGAGUCCUACCCCAUCUUCAGAACCUCAUGGCCUUUCUGAUUCCAUGUGUAAACCUUCUUCAUUGAUCAUACAUUGAAUAUCUUUCUGCCUUCUGUCUUCACUCGUUACUACCGGUCCAGUCUUACUCGCCCCGAACCAAGUCCGAUCGUGAGAUUGUGACGUUAUUCCUCUCUAAUACGGUCAUACGCCCUGAGCAGCCUGUCGUCUCACUUGGAGACACGGCUGCCAGUGUACCUAAGCCACCACGACUCCUUCAACGAGGAAAAGGAAGCCAGAAGAGUCGGUGACGGAUGCGUUGAGCCAGGCUCCUACCAAAACCCGCAAGACAUCUACAAUCCCUCUGCAGGGUCCGACCACACCGGUAACUGAGCACGGCUCGCCCCCGCUGCAAGAGAUGGAUUCGGAGGACGAGUUCAUGUCAGACCUGCCGAGCGGGGAUGAGGUCGACUUCGACGAAGGCACCCAAGAUAGUGAUAUUGGGAGCAUAGGGGGUGACUUCGAUCAAGACCAAGAUGGCGGCUUUGGUUAUGACAAAGAUAUCCUAACGAACCGGCAGAAGCCUUCUGAGAUCGAAUACAAAGUACUGAGUCCAAAAGACAUACAAUUACAACAAGACCGUCAGUUUCAGGAGGUAUCGUCGAUUAUAGAGUUGCCGCCUGAACAAACAGCGAUUCUCCUCCGCUUCAUGAGGUGGAACAAGGAAAAGUUGAUUGAGUCAUACAUGGACAACCCGGACAAAGUACUUGAGGCUGCUGGGCUGGGACCCGAGUCUGCGGGAUCACCGAAGCUUACGACGGUCAAGGGGUUUACCUGCGAGAUCUGCUACGAGGACGGCCCUUCUCUACAAACAUAUGCUAUGAAGUGCGGCCACCGGUAUUGUGUCGACUGUUAUACUCAUUAUCUCACUCAAAAGGUCAAGGAAGAAGGAGAGGCUGCCAGGAUCGAAUGUGCCUUCGAUGGUUGUCAUCGUAUUGUUGACUCCAAGACACUCAAGUUGUUGGUCGAUCGGAGUGUCCAGGAUCGUUAUGGCGUUCUACUCACUAGGACUUACGUGGAUGACAAGGACAAUUUGAAGUGGUGUCCUGCUCCAGAAUGUGAAUAUGCGAUUGAUUGCCCCGUCAAGAAGCGAGAUCUGAACAGAAUUGUUCCUACCGUCCGGUGUGCUCAUGAGCACAGCUUCUGCUUCGGCUGCACCCUGGCGGAUCAUCGUCCAGCACCUUGUGCACUGGUCAAGAAAUGGAUGAAGAAGUGUGAAGAUGACUCCGAGACCUCCAAUUGGAUAUCGGCCAACACCAAGGAAUGUCCUAAAUGCAACUCAACCAUUGAGAAGAACGGCGGCUGCAAUCACAUGACUUGUAGGAAAUGCAAGCAUGAGUUCUGCUGGAUGUGCAUGGGACCAUGGUCUGAACAUGGCACAAGCUGGUACAACUGCAAUCGGUUCGAAGAGAAAUCUGGGGCAGAGGCACGCGAUGCUCAAGCGCGUUCUCGUCACUCGUUGGAGCGGUAUCUGCACUACUACAAUCGUUACGCCAAUCAUGAGCAAUCUGCCAAACUCGACAAGGACCUGUGGCUCAAGACCGAGAAGAAGAUGCAAAGUCUGCAGACUCAGUCCAACAUGUCUUGGAUCGAGGUACAAUUCCUUGACACCGCCUCAAAAGCCUUGCAGGCGUGCCGCCAGACCCUCAAGUGGACAUAUGCCUUCGCCUUCUAUCUAGCACGCAACAACAUGACAGAAAUCUUUGAGGACAAUCAACGUGAUCUGGAAAUGGCGGUGGAAAACCUGAGUCAAAUGUUCGAAAAGCCAGUGAAUGAACUUGGAAGUCUCAAAGUCGAAAUACUGGACAAGACUACGUACUGCAAUCGCCGAAGAGAGAUUCUGCUUAGCGACACAGCUGAGAAUCUGAAGAAAGACCUGUGGAAAUUCAACACUGAGUUAUGAUGUAGCAUGUGGCACAGCGGGCUGAAGGAGCAAAGGAGUUUACACCAUCCAUUGUGGUAGCUAGGCGUUUGUCCGAUGAAUUGGGUUGGAUGCAUUUUCACAGCAGAAGGU